AUGGAGAAUUUGAAGGUGCCGCAGACGUUAAAAAAACCGGCGAAGGAGCUGCUCGCGUUCAUCUUCGACGUCCACGAGCUCAUGCACGACAACCCCUACCACAACUUUAGCCACGUGACGGACGUGACGCAGUAUUUGUACACGCUGCUCCUCGCGACGCACCUCGCGAAGCGGCUCCGGCCCAUCGAGCUCGCGGCCGCGUUCAUCGCGGCCGUCUGCCACGAUCUGGACCACCCGGGCCUGUCGAACACGUUCCAGUGCAAGGCGCGGACGCCCCUGGCCGUCCGCUGGGACGACGAGUCGCCGCUCGAGAACCACCAUUUGUGGUGCUCGCGGAAGCUCGUGACGAAGCACGACCUGCUCGGCGGCGUCGCGGACGAGCGGGACCGCGCGCGGUUCCUCGGCGUCGUGCGCGCCAUGAUCCUGUCGACGGACAUGGCGAAGCACACGAAGCUCAUGGCGCGCAUCGAGGGCGGUUUGGCCGAGGACGGCUUCAACCCGCUGACGACGGAGGACGGCACGAACCUCAUGCUCCAGAUCGCGCUCAAGUGCGCGGACAUCUCGAACCAGGCGCGGCCCUGGAAGGUCGCGAACCAGUGGAACGAGGCGGUCUACAGCGAGUUCUACCACGAGGGCGACCUGGACGCGGCCGCGGGCCGCGACGUCCAGCCGCUGCAGAACCGGAAGACGAACAGGAUCCCCAACUCGACGGCGGGCUUCAUCCAGUUCAUCGUCGCGCCCCUCUACGAGGCCUUCGUGUCCAUCAUGAAGCGCUGCAGCUCCAUGGAGGCGGAGAUCGACUCGUCGGCCGUCGAGGAGUGCCUCGUCUUCCUCAACAAAAACAAGGCGCGGUACCAGAAGCAGAUGAACGGCGAGUACGUCGCGCCGGACGAGAUCGAGGACGAGCUCCAGGGCUUCGCCGAGGACCUGAGGCACUCCAUCGGCGAGGGCCAGCGGAGCGAGGCCGCGCUGCCGGGCUGCGUCGGACGCGUCAAGGUCGCGACGACGCUCGAGCGGUGCGCCGUCGUCCUCAAGGGCAAGGGCGCGCGCGUCGGCGACCCGGCCUUCGACGACCUCGAGGACGUCGCCGUCAACGGCGACGGCGUCGAGACCAUCGCCAUGGCCUCCUAG